GUUGAUUCAGGUUUCAAAAGGUGUGAUGGGUCCGGGACGCACUGACGAUGGAUUCGGCAUGGCGUUCGGGGUAAACCACCUGGGUCACUUCCUGCUCACCGGCCUCCUCCUGGAGCGGCUGCAGCGGUGCGGUCCGAGCCGCGUGGUCACCGUGGCCGCUCUGCUGCACCGCCUCGGCGGCGUCGACUUCCCUCUGCUGACGGCCAACAGGGACGUGGUUUCUGCUCAGUCCACCUGGAACAACUUCCAGGCGUACUGCAGCAGCAAGCUGUGCAACGUGCUCUUCACCAGGGAGCUCGCCAACCGGCUGGAGGGCACCACCGUCACCUGCUACAGCCUGCACCCAGGAGUCGUCUACACAGAGCUGUGUCGCAGUCUGAGCCCGUGGCUGCAGAUCCUCAUCGUGCCCUUUGCCAAGCUCUUCUUCCUGGACCCUGAGGGGGGGUCCCAGACCACCCUGCACUGUGCCCUGCAGGAGGGCAUCGAGUCCCUCAGCGGACGCUACUUCUCAAACUGCGCGCUGCAACAGGUGGGAGCCAAAGGACGAGACGACGCCCUGGCAAAGAAGCUGUGGGAAGUGAGUGAGAGGUUAACCGGUUUAUCAUGACGGACUGAUCC